AUGCGCUUCCAUGCCGUCCUUCUGCUCUUUAUUGGCGUCACCUCCAUCAACGGUCGGAAACUUGAGAAAGAGGUCAGCUCGGAUGAAAUCCUUUCCGCGUUCAACAUGAUGAACGAGGCCAAAUUGGGAAUCCACUAUGAGGACCAAGUGAAACCACUUCCAAUGCACUUCAAUGAGAAUGGAACUAUCUUUUUUGAAUUUGGGAACGAGACUGGAAUCGUUUACAGAGGAUCCCCACUAGACAUCCUCAGCACCCUAAAAUGGUCACCAGAAGAAGCAGUUCACUUAUUCGUCGAUAUCUCGUACCCGGGAGCAAGUAUCUUGUUGAGCCGUUGUAACGGUCGUCCAAUCAACUUGAAAGCAAGUGUGGUCCACCACGAGAUAAAAUUGAGCUGCAAGCUGAUGGAGAACGUGGAUUGUAUGGAUCUCCACUUGAUCAGAACCGAGGGACCAGCUCAUGGACAGAUUACUGUAGUCAACAAGCCACGCACUUGGUUCCACGUUCACAUCAUUGCAAUGGUCUUAAUUAGUAUUUGUAUUGUGAUUCUUCUCGUCCGCCGUUUGGUUUAUAUAAUUCUCCGUGUCGUCUUCCCGUACCACUUGAUGGACGAAGGUCAACGCCCGGACCAGGAGUACUAUUAA